AUGUCCGUUGUCCUCUACCUCUUUCAAUUGUUUCUUGUCCACUAUGUCUUCCGCGACAGAGAUUUUCCCAGGAUUGUCAUCACGGUGGAUAACAGGUAUUUGCCGUCUUCACUACGUCCUCUCGUUUGGUUUUUGAACCUUGUAAAAACAGUUCAACCUACCGAAAGUGACUACACCGCAAAGGGCUAACAUUUAUCACUCUUUCUGCCUUCCAUCCUUUUCUUUUAUUUAUUUAUUUGAAUAGUUAUUUACAUGUUUAUUUGAUUGAUUGAUUUAUUUAUUUACAUUGCAGACGCUUGUUCUCGAUUAUGUCAUACUUCUCCUUCUUUUUCAACAUUCUGGUCGGAUUGUUUUCUGGCUUUCUUCGCAUCAUCUUGGGUAUAGUUCUAGGACUUGUAUUCCUGGCUCGCAUAGACCGGUCGACCUUGAUGCAGGGAUUUCAAAGAUUGGACCGAGGCAUGUGGAAAUCUUUAAAGGGGGAAACUGUACACGGUUUUCCGUAA